AUGGGUGGGACUGCAGCCUCGGCCGCAGACGAGUCGAUCGAGGUCCCGGGAGGGCGGGUCCCCGUCACCCGGCGCCUGGCGUUCCAGGGCGGACCAGCGAGCCCAGACACCCCCAAGGUGCCGUGCUACCGCGCCCUGGACGGCGCCGGGCGGCCGCUGGAGGGCGCGGCGGUGCCGCACCCACUGGGGGAGGAGGACGCCCUGCGGCUGUACGUGGCGAUGGCAAAGAUGCAGGUGAUGGACACACUGUUUUACGAGGCGCAGCGGCAGGGGCGGUUCUCAUUCUACAUGACCUGCGCUGGGGAGGAGGCCGCCAUCAUAGCCAGCGCGGCGGGGCUCGACCCCAAGGACCAGGUGUUUGCCCAGUACCGGGAACAGGGCGUCCUCCUGUGGCGCGGCUUCUCAUUCGACGACUUCGCCAACCAGGCGAGCUAA